AUGGCGGACGGCCAGCGAAUCAAUCUGCCGACGACAAAGCGAGCGACGAUGAUUGCAGCACUGGGUCGGGCUGAGGCAUUCCUGGUGGGCUACAGUGACCAACGAGACGCUCCGCAGGUACCGUUGAGGCUCGAGUACAUAAACAACAUCUGGGCUACCCUAAAUGAAGUGCAAGCGGAGCUGGAGGCAUACGCAGAUACUGAUGAAGUUGACUUUUUGCAGCGGCGUAUUCGGGUUCUUGAAUCGAUAUCUGUCAACGAUCAUGCCCCUGGAAGUCAGACCACUCCGAGCACCAACCAGGCUGCUAAUUUCAACCGAAGGCAAUCCCAAUUUCGGCUCUCGUCAAAUGCGUCCACCGCUAUUGCAUCCUACAAGUGUCCAGCGUGCAACGGCAAUCAUUAUAUCGCAAGGUGCGCAAAAUUCAUGCAGCAAUCCGUCAGCGAGCGUAAGCAGUUGGUGAGCAGAAAGCGGCUGUGCCACAACUUCUUGAAGGGGAACCAUUUGGUCGCUAGUUGUCCGUGUGAGCUCAACUGCAGGAAGUGUAACCAGCGUCAUCACACUCUUCUGCAUUUAGAGCAAUCUGGCAACAUUCAACGUUCCGGUAAUGAUUCUGCCUCUCGCUCAGCCAAUCCCGCUAGCUCGACUACACAAUCCGCCUCGACCUCUCUAGGCAAUUCCAAAGAGCAAACAUCUGUUCCUGCUACGGAGAUAGUACCAGUCGUUGAAACCAGCGCGCCAGUUCAGCAGCCUGCUGAAAACGUUUUUCUUCUAACGGUCGUCGUCAACGUCAUUGAUGCGUAUGGGCAUGCGCAUCCCGCGCGCGCUUUGUUGGACAGCGCGUCUCAGCCAAACUUGAUUUCCAACCGAUUGGCCCGCAUUCUUCGUUUGAAGCGGAAGUCCGUUAACAUCACCGUUCAAGGGGCUGGACAGAUGUCGAAAAUGAUCCAGGAAUCGUUAUUUGCCACUAUAACUUCCCGGAAGCGGAACAUUUCCUGCGGCGUAGAGUUCUUGAUCAUGGACAAGGUAACUGCAGACCUUCCUGCGCAAUUCGUAUCAACAGCUGAGUGGAAUCUACCUACCGAUAGCUUUCUCGCUGAUCCUGCUUUUAACAAAAGUCAGCCGAUAGACAUGGUAAUCGGUGUUAAACAUUUUUACAGUUUCUUCCCGUCUUCAGCUCGCAUGCAGCUGCGUGAAAAUUUACCUCUGCUGGUGGAUAGCGUCUUCGGCUGGGUUGUUGCUGGGUCGGCUGGCUUAGCAUCGUCGACAUCCCAGCAACCUUCGUGCAGCGUAGUGGCCGUGUCGAUGAUAACGCUAGAGGAAAGUGUCGAGCGCUUUUGGAAGACAGAGGAUCUGGCCACCACCGACAACUAUUCAGUCGAGGAGCGGCGAUGCGAAUCUUUCUUUACGUCGACGGUCGCGAGAACCCAUGAAGGACGAUACAUGGUUCGUCUACCUCGCAAGCCAGAUUUCGCCAUCAUGCUAGGAGAGUCUGAGGCAACCGCUCGACGUCGUUUCGAGCUUUUGGAGCGCCGUUUGCAACGAGACCCUGAUCUGAAGGCAGAGUACCACAAGUUUAUGAGGGAAUACCUCGAUCUCGGACACAUGAAGCCGGUCAAACCGAGAAGCAGUGACGACACGGAUUGCUACUACCUUCCCCACCAUCCCGUUUUCAAGGAUUCAAGCACGACGACUAAGGUUCGGGUCGUGUUUGACGGAUCGGCGAAAACCUCUACUGGCUUCUCUUUGAACGAAUCCCUCUGCGUUGGCCCUGUGGUUCAGGAUGAGCUGAUUGGCACAAUUCUACGGUUUCGAACCUACCCGAUAGCCCUUGUCGGUGACAUCGCUAAAAUGUAUCGGCAAGUAUUGGUACAUCCCGAUGAUACUUCUUUGCAGCGCAUUCUGUGGCGUUUCUCUGCUGAUGAUCCCAUUCAGAUCUACGAGCUUCUGACGGUCACCUACGGGCUCACUCCUUCCUCGUUCCUCGCCACUCGUACGCUUCAGCAGUUAGCGGAUGACGAAGGAGAGCCGUACCCAUUCGGCAGUAAAGCGUUGCGUAAGAAUUUUUAUGUAGACGACUUCAUCGGUGGUGCGCAGACGGUCGAAGAAGCCAGCAAGCUUCGUACAGAGCUAAGCGAGUUGUUGGCAAAGGGUGGAUUCAAUCUGCGAAAAUGGACGUCGAACCGGCUCGAAGUGCUGAAAGGAUUGCGAGAGGAUCAAAUAGGCACGCAGUCUACGAUAGAAUUCGCUCCCCACGAAACCAUCAAAGCGUUAGGCAUCAAUUGGGAGCCGAACGAGGGUUUUCUGCGUUUUGAUUCCCAGGUACCGCCCAGCGAUCACGUUUUAACGAAACGGUCCAUUUUGUCUACGAUUACUAAGCUUUUCGAUCCAUUGGGUCUUAUUGCUCCCGUUGUAGUGAGGGCAAAAAUUGUUAUGCAGGAACUAUGGCUGCUGUCAUGUGGUUGGGAUGAUCCGGUUCCCGAUAAUCUACAGAAAAGAUGGGAAAAAUACCAACAGGAGCUGCCCAAAAUUUCUGCCUAUCGCAUCGCCCGUUAUGCCCUUCUACCUAAUUCUACAGUGCAGCUACACACCUUCGCUGAUGCCUCCGAAUCUGCUUACGGUGCGUGCACAUACGCCCGCUGCGAAGAUCCACAGGGGAUCGUACGGAUACAGCUUCUUGCCUCUAAGUCCCGAGUCGCUCCGCUGAAGCGGUUAACUAUCGCCCGUCUUGAGCUGUGCGCUGCGAUUCUGGCUGCGCAUCUGCAUCACAGGAUAAAGCGUGCGAUUGACAUCGGUAUUUGUUCGUCAUAUUUUUGGUCCGAUUCAUCCGUCACUCUCGAAUGGCUUCGAUCACCACCGAAUCGCUGGCAAACGUUUGUUGGGAAUCGCGUUUCAGAGGUUCAGCAUUGCACGCAUGGCUAUUGCUGGAACCAUAUAGCAGGCACCGAAAACCCGGCCGAUCUGGUCUCGCGCGGAAUGUCCGUAGAAGAGUUCCUGAACAGUGCGCUGUGGAGUCAGGGUCCCAGCUGGCUAACAUUACCGUGUAAAAGCUGGCCUAUCUCGAACCCAGAUAAUGUUUCCGAGGAUAUUCUCGAAAUCCGACAGGUCGUCGCAGCAGUUAAUUCGACCUCAACGGUCAACCCGCUCUUUCUUCGAUGCUCGUCGUAUACUCGCUUGCUGCAUGUUGUUGGAUAUUGCCUUCGCUUCAUUUUGAAUAACCGUGCCAAGACUAGAACACAGCCUCUCCCAAGCCCGAAUCCAGUGCAGCGCUACCUUUCAGUGGAACAGCUUGCCCAAACCAGAAACGUGUUGAUUCAGCUAGCCCAAAGCGACGGCUUCCCCGCUGAGCUGAAGGACUUAAGAGAAGGAAACUUUCAUCCUUUCUCCCUGCUAAUUGCCCAACAUUAUCAUCACCAAAUGUUUCACGCCGGAGGACGGCUUCUACUAAGUGCCAUUCGCGAAGAAUUUUGGCCGCUGCAAGGCCGCAAGCUCGCUCACAACACAGUUCGUCGAUGCUUCCGCUGCACUCGCCUCGAUCCGGUACCUGCGCAACAACAAAUCGGCCAAUUACCUGCGCACAGAUUAAUCCCGAGCCGUCCAUUUAGUGUUACGGGUGUCGAUUAUGCUGGACCGUUCUACUUGAAGCCGAUACACAAACGGGCUGCACCUGCAAAAGCGUAUCUGUGCCUCUUCAUUUGCUUCGCAACAAAAGCGGUUCACUUAGAGCUAGUCAGUGAUUUAUCAACGCCAGGUUUCCUGCUAGCAUUAAGGCGAUUUAUUGCUCGACGCGGUCGCCCUGCCCACAUUCACUCAGACAACGGCAAAAAUUUUGAAGGAGCCAAGAACGACUUGAACGAGCUUUUUGCCAUGCUGCGAAAAAGUGAGGAGAAUGAAAAAAUUGCUUCAACGUGCGCUGCAGAAGGUAUCACAUGGCAUCUAACACCACCAAAAGCACCGCACUUCGGCGGUCUCUGGGAGGCGGCCGUAAAAGUGGCCAAGAAGCAUUUGUACCGUCAACUCGGUUCAUCUCGUGUGUCGUUUGAAGAUUUGUCCACUAUUCUGGCCCAAAUUGAAGCGCUGAUGAAUUCUCGACCCCUGCUUCCAAUGUCAGACGACCCGAACGAUUUGGCUGCGCUCACGCCCGCUCAUUUCCUGAUCGGUUCCAGUAUGCUGGCCCUGCCCGACCCAGAUCAUCAACAUAUUCCCGUAAAUCGGCUGGACCACUUUCAAAAAUUGCAGUUGCACGUCCAGAAAUUUUGGAGUCACUGGCGCACCGAAUAUCUGCAAGAACUGCAAAGGGACACCACGAUGAAUCCCCGGAAUCACACGUUGCUGCCUGGCAGAUUAGUUGUAGUCGUCGAUGAGCUUCAGCCACCCAUUCGUUGGCCAUUGGCACGCAUCGUCACCACUUCCCCCGGCCCAGACGGUUUGACGAGGGUUGUUUCGCUUCGCACCGCUCGUGGAAUCAUCACACGCCCCAUCACAAAAAUCUGUUUGCUUCCGGAUCACACUGCUGCUGUUGCUGAAGGAGAUGAAGCUGAGUAA